AUUGCAUUGCUCAUUGCACUCACGUUGGUUAUUUUUUACCAGUCCGCGAGUGCAAAGAGCGUGGGAAAGGGGGUGAUUCGCCAGUAUUUUUGUUGAUACCUUGCGUUCACCGAUGAGUAUUCUAUAUUUUUUCCGUUCAUCGGGAUACAACGAUUGCACAGGAUUUUCAAUCCUCAUCACGACCAUAUUCAGUUACAUUUGAGAGGAUUUUUCAUUCCAUCAAUCGGUGUACGCUUUUGUCUCCCAUCGGUCUACGGGCCAGUAUCUCCCCGCAACUUCCCCCGGUGUUGACGUACCGGAUGUCGGACAGCUGCUAGCAUCUAUUUUCCUCACCGCGGAGGUGCAUGAAUUGAUGUGUAUUUUGACCGGGCGCGGGCUUUAUCGGUGUUUAUAUAGUUUACAGGUCAUCAUGCCCUGUUGAACAUUUGACAUUGGAUAGUUUGGUCAGUAAAGGCCAAUCUUGAACUAUCUGGAGAAAAUAGGAGAGAAAAUGUCGGAUAGAGAAGAACGACUCGAAAGAGUAAUUCAGAAAUUGGAACAAACUGUCCUUUCCCACGAAAGUAACAACGGAGAUCUGACACCACCUGUGAAAGGAGAGGGGGACACCACCACCAAGGUCCCGGCCCGCAUCCGGGAGAUCGUCACCAAGAACCUUGCAGCCGACGAGGACUUUGACGACGGGAUGGCCGGGAGGAACCCUGCCCUGGGGAGUCUCCAGGAGGAGAAUCGGAUGCUGCAGAAUGAGCUGAGUAGGGUUGAAGAUCUGCUGUCUUCCAGCAGGGCAGAUAGGGAUGAACUGGCUAUCAAGUACCAAGCACUCUCAGACAGGGUGAGUAAUGGCAAUGCAUGGAUAACACAAGAUGAUUAUGAAGAAGGAUCCACACUAUUGGCCCAUGUGGGAUACUCAUUGAUCUUUUCAUUCAAAAUACAAUGUGUGUACAUGUAUGCUGCGUAGAUACAGACCGAGUUGUAAUUUGCUAUUGAUAUCUAAUUCAUUUCAUUAUUUCAAUGCGCUGUGAAAUUCAUUUGGAAUUUAUUUACAUAAAAAGGCAUCCAUAAUAUUCCCACCCCCAUAAUAGUACUGUACCUUCAAAAUCUUUCUGAAAAUCAGACUAUUUUGAAAAACUUUCCUGUAAAUAUGACUCUUGCCCAAUUGUACUACUUCCUUUCCUUUCUUUACUUUGCCAUGAGGACUCAUGACUACUGGCACAUGACAAAUGUACAUUAUUAAUAUUAUUACAAUUAUUAUUACUGCUAUUGAUGGGGGCGUCAUGGUCUAGUGGUUAAGUGGUCUUUCAAUCUGAAGGACGUGGGUUCGAUUCCAAGCCAUGACGUGUAUUCCUUUUGCAAGAAAUUAUCCACAAUGUGCUGCACUCAACCCAGGUGAGGUACAUGUAUGGGUAGUGGCAGGAAGUAAUUCCUCAAAAAGCUGAAUGCACGGGAAUCGGUAGACUAGCUUCGUGAUAUACAAUUUAGGAGCACAUUGAGCACCUAGCAAGGUGGAUACGUGCGCUAUACAAAUCCUACAAUGGGUUAUUCCACGGUUACUCACGUUACAUUUGGAGACACCUUGACUCAUACUUGGAGCUGUAACUCCAUUAUCACAACAUAGUACGCAGUCUGACUAUCCUUUGUAUAAAAACAAAACUUGGGAAAUUUCAUUAUGCUCCUGGCAAAUCUUUGAAAUGUGUCGGUUACUCAUGUUACAUGAUUUGGACAUGCAUAAAAUGAAAAGUGUCCUCAUGCAAGGCUUUUAUGAAAGUUGAUUAUAUCCAUUUCAAAGAAGUAUAUUAGGGAGACAAAUUUGUAUAUAAUUAAAAAAUAAAGAACACAUGGUUUUUACAAGGGGUGCAGAUAAAGUGGUUAUUCACGUUACGGUUCAGAUGGGCUAUAUGUACAAAGACACAUUGAGCUCAUGUCCACCAUCCUAUGGAAUUGCCCCAAUGUAUAUUAUCAUUAUUAUGCAGCCAAGAGUUGUUGAAUGCAGUAGAAGUUGUAAUCAGGGGAGCUGACAUUUGCUCAGAGUUUAAUUACAUUCAAGGAUAUCAGUGAUUCAGUGGCUUAUCACAGGCAAUGCUUCCAAAGGAUGGGUACCUUUUAUUAGUGGUAAAAUGUACUAUUAAUGAAGGAAAAAGAUGUUUUAAUACUGGUUUAAAGUAGCCUUUUUACACUGUUUGUAAUUAAUUAAAGAAGGAGAAAACAGCAAGAAAUAUUUUUAUUUUUAUUCAUGAAUACAAACUGUACAAAUAGCUUUUUACCGUACUUGUACUUUUUUCUUCUACGACAUUCAUGGGCUAAUUACUGCCUCUUAUAUGAUGAAGGCAGAAGCACUAUCGUUCUGUAAAGAUAAGUUUAUCCACGUAAAUGUAGCUAUUAUUGGGUAUUAAAGCAAACGUAAGCUCAAGAUCACCAAAUAUAAACUAUACUCUUUCUAACUUUUAAGACAUGUUAUUUUUUGAAAUUUGAUUUCCUUUAAUAAUAAGACCUUUGUAGAUGCAGACAUUUCACUAGUUUCAGCAUGGACUUAUUAUUAACUCCAGAGUUUCAGUUCCAGUGUUGUACACUUAUUACACAUUCACAGCAACUACUGUACACACGUAUGUAUACAUGUUCAUAUAGGAAAUCAAAUCUAAUUUUGGAUGUAUUACGAGCAUGUCAUAUUGAUAGUUUUCACAUCUGCAGUUUUGUAUUUCUCUGAUUGAAAGUUGAAUUUCCCAGGUCAACUUGCAAAUGCUCCAAGUAAUUUGUCUUCAUGCUGAAUAAUGUUCUCGUCUCGAGUCACUCUCUAGAUAGAAAGUUGUUGGACCGUUGAUUUUCUUUAUUCAAUGAAGAUGAACUGUUAAAAUAAAAUUAGAAAAAAAAUUAAAAAGGAGGAAAUGCACAGUACCAUAUCUGCUCAAGAAAAAAUAUUUUAUGCUGUAUAUCUCCCGUCUUUCUCUUUUUCAUUCCAAUGAAUUGUGUGAACCUCUUUCUGUUUUAGAGAUGUGGCAUUUUGUAUCUAUUUUCUCCCCAAAAGUUUAUUUAUUGUUUUGGUUGCCAUUUUCUUUGAAGUUGGUUCACAUACAUGUACAGUAUGUAGGCCUACUUGUAGGGCUAUGUAAAGAAAGAAUUUUCAUUACCUCACACAAUAAAAUCUAUUUAUUUGAAACGAUUCUUAAUGCAGACAUUAAUGUGAAUAUUUGUUCGAAUGGUCAUUAUUAAGUUAACUUUCUGUCCUGAGUAGCCAGUUCCUGUUAAUUGCACUUUACAAACCUGCCGCCAGAAUUCACUUCCUGAGGUUGAUUGCGAAAGCAGGAAAUACCUUAUAUUAUCUAUGUGUCACAUACAGUUUCUGUAUCCUUUUAGCACUUCGUACUAUCUUAUUAAAGCGUGGGAUGUGUAGCGUGUAGGGGAUACGCUGAACUUGUACAUGUACGUACAUGUAUUGUUUUGUGAUGUACGUGGCAGCCUUGAACAGUCUCUUCCCUUUGUAAACUUUUCAAACUCUCUCUUGGAAAUUGGAAUAUACAUGUACCACUGUGCCUAGAUGAAGUUUGAAAUCUACCAAGAUGGUAAGAAAUGUUUUCUUGAAUUUUCGAAAAGGAGUAGAAUUUUAAAAGGUGGGAAUAUUUACUUCUAAUCAGCUCCAGGUACUUCCUUUCAUGGUAAAUAUGGUUGUCCCGGUUUAACUUUCAACAAAAUUGUACACGUGUAGUUUGACAGUUAAAAAGUUGACCUUUGUGUUGGUUUGUUGACAUUUCUUUAUUACUAAUUGUACAGGUACAAUGUACGCUACAUGUAAUGAUGCUAUCACAAAUUCCCAAUCACACAUGGGGCAAUUCUGAAUGGGUUUCUGAAAGACAUACAAUAGUUUUGUUCAUUUUCACUUUUAUACAUGUACAUACCUGUAGUCCCACAUACUAGCAUGCAAAUGAAAUGCAGUAUACAAUUGCUUUUCUUGCAUUUUAGGGGAGCAUUAAUACGGUACUAUUUCAUUUCUAAUAACAAAAAUUACUCCAUUAAAAUGUGCCCAUGUCAGGAUUCACCCGUAGCCCCAAAAAGUGUGUGCUUUGUAGAAUAGGGGAGGGGGGGGGUGUUUAUGAAAAUAUGCUUUCUUUGCAAAGUGAAACACACUUUCACAUCCACCGAGUAGUGAGUUGUUUAAUGCUUCUUCUUUUCAAGGUUUGUCGCAUUUAAGAUUAUGUUGGCCCUAAGAUUAAAAUUUAAUUUUUGGGGCUACUUUUCACAGUCUAAAAUCUGCAUCAUUGGAUACAACAUUGAGAUGGAUAGGGAUUUUCCAGGGUUAUUUAUUUUUUACCAGGGCUCUUUUGAGCCGAGCCCCUGUGUAAUUUUUUUUCCCUGUUUGGGAGGAAAGGUCAAAAUUUGGGCACAUACUUUCUGAGAAUUUUGUUAUUCAGGGAUCUCAAUUAAAUCAGAAAUGUUAUUAUUGGAACAUUAUAUUUUAUGUUGCUUUUCAAAGGCUUGUCUAGAAAUCAACUUCUAAUUUGGUACAACUCUAAUCGCUGAUCGUAGACACCCCUUUUCGUGAGUUUGUGCUCAUGAAUUUUAAUGCAGGUUUUAACCCAAGAAUGGGAAGCAAGGAUGCACCCUGUAAAGUGUCCUUGGAGAGUUGAUGAAAAACCAUCCUUGAACAUGUGCAUGUUCCACAGACAUUGUUUCCUGUCAUUCAUUCAGACAUUCAGAAUCAGCUACAAAUUGCUACCUGCUGGGUUGCCAGGGGGAACACUUGCACUUUUAGGACCUGACAUUACCCCAAGGGGAUCAAACAGCCAACAUGGAUCAAGAUCUGUGUUCUAGUCUUUGAACCUUGAACUACAUGUAUUAAUAUUUUGGGAUGAGAGUUUGUCCUGGAAAGGGAAUCCAUUGAAAAUAGGGACCAGUUUUAUCUGACCCUUCUUCCUCAACUUCCCAUAGUCCACACAUAGAACUGAUGCUUACAUUUGCCCAUGGAUUGAUAAGAUAAGAUUUCAAUUUUUUUUCAUCCACAGUGUAUACAUUGUAUGUCUGUACACGUACAUGUACAUGUAGGUGCUACUGUACCGCAUCCACCUUUAAUCUUGCCAGUAAAAAGCAAAGUACCCCUGAAAAUCAUUAAUUACAGUUGAUACUUAUAGAUUUUUCUCAGGGAUAUAUCUUCAUGUUGGCUGGGAUUUUGCAUUGUGAUAUAAUAGAACGAUUUUAAUUUGUAAUAGUGAAUUGGGGGCGUCGUGGUCAAGUGGUUACGACUCUUGUCUUUCAAUCAGAGGGACGUGGCUUUGAAUCCAAGCUUAGGCGUGUUUUCCUUCAGCAAGAAAUUUACCCUCAUUGUGCUGCACUCAACCCAGGUGAGGUGAAUGGGUACCCAGAAGGAUUUAUUCCUAGUUGAAUGCACCAAGCGCGUUAUCAGCUGGAGCUAAAGCCGGGCAAUAUAUAGUGUGCCAUUGACUAGGCAACUACUAGUAUAUGUAGAUAGUCAGCGCCUCAUAAAUGCUACAAUGUACAGGGUGUAUUAAGAAAACUUUUCAUUUGAGGCAAGGAGAACAGGGAGUUUAAAGACUACUCUGCAUAAGUCUUUUGUAUAGCAUAUUUCUACAUAGGACUGUACAUGUACAUUACUUUAAUAGUUGAGAGCUUUUCUCUUAAUAUGACCAAAUGUGCUAUUCAAAUAAAUAUUUGUAAAGCAAAAUUAUUCCCUGGAGAAUGCAUCCUAGGGUUGCGAAAGUCUGUGUUGCUGCUGGCUGAUGCAUUGUACACUAUUAACUACAAUACUGUACGUACAAGAACUUUACUUGGUCAAAAAAAGUGCUUGAAGUGAUGAAAGUGUAGCCUACAACACAACGUUAGAGAUUUUCACUGUGAGGACCUGUUAUAAGCUACUGAUAUCCUUAGAUCUGAUUGGCUCAGACCAAAUUAGUCCAUGAAAAUCACAAACAAGAUGCUUUAUGAAUCACUCCCUG